GGUGAUGUCAGCAGGAGCGGCCGCCGUCUUGUUCGCGGGAGCCUGGACCGCUGAGGCUGGGGAGUCUGCCUGGGGCCCCCCAAACUGCUCGGACCGGCCCUGCGGCGCGUGUGCGCACCGCGGAUGAUUCACGCCGGGACUGCGGCCAUGUGCUAAUCAGCUGAUGCGCCACAGCCGUCCCGCCUCUCUACUUAACUCGCGCUCCGCACAGACGGCACGUUGAGCCCGCUCCGCUCCAUCACACACUCACACACACUCUCACUCCAACAUGCCUCCGUUUGACAAAACCCAGCUGCAGAACAAACCCUUCAAACAGCGGAAGAGCUUCGCUACCAGGAGACAAGAGGUGGCGGGGAUCCGGUCGAAGUUCCCCAACAAAAUCCCGGUGAUCAUCGAACGGUACGAGCGGGAGAAGUAUCUGCCUCCGCUGGAUAAGACCAAGUUCCUGGUGCCGCACGAACUCACCAUGACCCAGUUCGUCACCAUCAUCAGGAACAGGAUGGCUCUGCUGCCCACUCAGGCUUUCUACCUGCUCAUCAACAACAGCGGUCUGGCCAGCAUGUCUCUGACCAUGGCUCAGGUGUACAAAGACCAGCAGGACGAGGACGGCUUCCUCUACAUGACCUACGCCUCGCAGGAGAUGUUUGGGCGCUGACGAACUGCUUCGCUCUUUGGAUUUUAUUUAAUGCUCGAGGCCGCCGGCCUCCAUACCUGCUGUAAAUAGAAAAAGAUUCUGUACAUAUUGUAAUAUUUGUUGUACUUGAUGGUUGUAUAAGAUGGAUUUUAAUUGAAGUAUGUGGAUCCAAUAAAUCUUAUGUCAAAACUAUAA